AUGUCUAAACGAUGCAGAGACCACUGGGACUCCGAUCUACCGCAAAAGCGGAUCCGUACUCGGAACGACAUCAGGCCUGUUGAUCGUCUGUCUCGUCUGAGCAAUGAGUUGCUGCUCCAUAUUCUGUCUUUUCUACCAGUAUCAUCCCUUAACGUGUGUCAAAGGUUAUCACAUCGCUUCCAUGUUCUUGGUGGAGACUCUGAGAUAUGGAAAAGGCAAUACUACUCGCAAUGGGUGCGGCCCCGUGCCCGCCGCCUUGCAAAUACUAGACGCACAACCCUUCCAUCCAAGACAGAUUAUUCGCCCAAGGUCGCAACGUGGUUCGACCACGGGCACUUGGCACAGGAAGGCAAUUGGAAACGGCAGUAUCGGCUCAGACAUAACUGGUCCAAAGGGCUAUGUCGGGUUACCGAGGUAGAGUUUCCUCGGCCGCCAUGCCCUCCUACGCUAGUCAAGUUUUGUGCUGGGAUUGUCUUUACGGCAGACUCAGCGCACGGGCUCCGGGCUUGGACCACAAGAGAUUCAGCAUGUUGUCUCGCAAGAGUUCCUUUGUCAACUCCAUCGAGAUCAUCACCUAUGACUCCAACCGCCUUGGCAGUAAGUCAGAUCCAAGAUAAGAUCGAGAUCUCAGUUGGUCUGGAAAAUGGUCAUUUCAGCCUCUUCGUCUUGUAUCUUCAAACAUCCCAGCUAGACUUGCAGUCUUCUCAUGUCGGCCGCAGUGAUGCUGCUAUAACAGCAAUUGCUCUAUCGUCGCCGUAUUUAAUGGUAGUGUCUCAGCACAAAGAUUUGACCUUGUACAAUCUGCAACCUGGCAGCCAUCAACCGGGGGCAACCGCCGAGUCCUCAGAGCCCCUCCGGGUUGCCUCCCUCAAGGCAGAUAACAUGAUUGCACCCAUGACACUAUCUCUUAGAGUUUCGUCGUUUGAAAUUGUCGCUACUAUUGUGUAUAGUUUCUUCCACAUUGGCUGUGGGUGGUCUCAGGGGAUACAAGAACUGCGUCUAGGCAAAGAUGGGCAACAACUCGAUUCCCGACUGGCCACUACAGUGGAUUCCCAAUAUGGAUUGAGGCCACUUCAAUCCAGAAAAAGGCGGCACUCUGCAACCGAGUCGGUCGACAAUCAACCUCCCAUUGACCCUGGGACACCGUCUAUCAUACAUCAACAGCCGCCAACCUCUAUGUCCUAUUCCCAUCCAUAUUUGCUGACCUCUCAUGCCGAUAACACGUUGACUAUGUACCUUGUUGUAUCUACAUUGGAAUCUUUGUUUGUCCAAGGAGGCCGGCGACUUUGGGGCCACACCUCUUCUGUAUCUGCUGUUCAGGUGACCAACCGCGGGAAAGCCGUCUCUGUAAGCUCUCGAGGGGAUGAGAUUCGGAUAUGGGAGUUAGAGAUGGCGAUAUCAUCCCUGGGCAGCCGCAAAUUCUUCGAGGAGAACGGUGUUCAGCUCAACGCUGGGAACAAGGACGGGGAACCCGAGCCAGAACCAGAACCAGGAUUAGGACCGAUUUACCACAGUUUGGGCAGUGUGGAUCUGGAAACUCAAGAAGUGACUGUGCCUAUCGGAUUUGAUGAUGAACGGGUACUUCUCCUUCGAGAAAGGACCGGAACACAGCUACUUGAGUGUUACGACUUCACCUAA